AUGGCGCAAGACGCAACCAAACGACCCAACUUCCUCAUCAUCGUCGCCGAUGAUCUCGGCUUCAGCGACUGCAGCUGCUUCGGCUCGGAAAUCCAAACCCCAAAUAUCGAUUCGCUUGCAAAUUCAAAUGGAGGAAUGCGAUUCACGGCGUUUCAUGUCGCCGCUGCUUGCUCACCCACGCGAUCGAUGCUUAUGACGGGUACGGAUCACCACUUAACAGGUCUGGGACAAUUGUCGGAAAUUAUUCGCAAUUCCCCUGCUCAUCAAGGUGCACCGGGCCAUGAAGGUUAUCUCAAUGAUAAAGUUGUUGCGAUUCCAGAGUUGUUAAAAGAGGGUGGAUAUCAUACUAUCAUGUCUGGGAAAUGGCAUCUGGGACUUAAGAAAGAGUAUGGACCACAUAAGCGAGGUUUCGAUCGGUCUUUUGCAUUACUACCUGGAUGUGCAAAUCAUUAUGGAUAUGAACCACAGUACGAAAAUGUUCUCGAGGAACCACCAAAUUUCUUCGAAACUGCCGUGACAGCCUUACAUAUGGAAGAUGGGGAAUAUCUGAGCAAGCUUCCAGACAACUUCUAUUCUUCAGAUCACUAUGCCUCUAAACUCAUUGAUUUCUUCUCUGAGCGAUCUGACGAGGAUCGAUCAAAACCUUUCUUUGCUUAUCUGCCAUUUUCCGCACCUCACUGGCCAUUACAAGCACCCAAAGCCUCUAUGGACAAAUAUCGUGGCUAUUACGAUGACGGUCCAGAGGCUCUCCGACUUCGCCGAUUACAGAAGCUGAAAGACCUAGGUAUGGUAGCUCCGGACGUCGUGCCCCAUGAAAUCGUCACCGUGGCUGGAGAGCCCGUGGAGUGGGAAAAGAUGCCACUCGAUGAACGAGCCAAGUCUUCUCGAUCGAUGGAGGCAUUUGCCGGGAUGGUAGAUCGUAUGGAUGAAAACAUCGGUCGAGUGGCCGAGUAUUUGAAAGAGACGGGAGAAUAUGACAACACAGUUAUCUGUUUUAUGUCGGAUAAUGGAGCAGAGGGGGCGAGUUAUGAGGCCACUCCAUUGAUUGGUGACAAUGUUGUUGAGCAUAUCCAGAAGUAUUACGAUAACUCACUGGAAAACAUUGGUCGCGGGAACUCAUUUGUUUGGUAUGGGAGUCAAUGGGCACAUGCAGCUACUGCACCGUCAAGACUAUACAAGACGUUUUCCACUGAGGGUGGAUGUCGAGUUCCACUGGUUGUGAAGCCGGUUUCUAACCAGAAUGACGGUGGUCUUGUUGUUGAUUCCUUCUGCACGGUUAUGGAUAUGGUUCCUACUAUACUGGAUUAUGCUGGAUUACAGCAUCCAGGAAGUACAUAUAAGGGGAAAGAUAUUGCGCCGGUACGAGGAGUGAGUUGGAAGCCGAUUCUGGACGCUGUGGCUGCCCCUGGCUCAUCUGGUGGAUCUGGAAUGUUGGCCAUCCAUGGUGAAGACCGGGUCACUGGCUGGGAGGUUGCUGGGAGCGGUGGUCUUCGAAAGGGCCUCUAUAAGAUUACUUAUGUGCCUCUUCCCAGAGGGCCACAGCGCUGGGAACUAUUCGAUAUCAUCAACGAUCCUGGCGAGACGACUGAUCUCAGUGAGCAGAAGCCUGAGGUUUACAAUGAGCUGCUCCAACUUUGGAGUGUCUAUGCCAAGGAGGUCGGUGUAGUUGGUCUCGCUGGUGAACUGAAGGAUGGACAUAUCAUUGAAGGAGUUUGUGAUGAAUUUGAAGACACGGGCCGUUGGAUUAAGUUCAUUGGCAAGAAGGAAAUACCUGCGGCAGUGGCAGACCAACUGCCUAAAUGA